AAACAAGACCCAUCAACAGAUAAUGGCCACGCGGCAUCUUCUUCCCCUUCCCCUCAUCUUCAGAAGACUCGCACUCAAUCGCCCGCUCACUCCGCUCUUCUCCUCCAAUUCAACGAUGACAUCACCUGCAACUAAGAAGGUACUAAUCCCGAUCGCUGAUGGCACGGAGCCGAUGGAAGCUGUGAUCACCAGCGAUGUUCUUCGUCGAGCCGGCGCUGACGUUACAGUUGCUUCGGUAGAGAAGAAUCUGAGGGUGAAUGCUUCCUUUGGGAUCACGCUUGUCGCCGAUGCUCUCGUUGUUGACUGCGAGGGGUCCUCUUUUGAUCUCAUUUCACUUCCGGGAGGGAUGGUUGGCGCGAAUAGGCUUAGGGAUUGUGGGGUGUUGGAAAGCAUUGUGAAGAAGCAUGUUGAGAAAGGGGGUUUGUAUGCGGCGAUAUGUGCUGCGCCGGCUGGUGUGCUUGGAUCCUGGGGUUUGCUCAAUGGAUUAAAGGCAACUUGUUAUCCCUCUGUAAUGGAUAAAUUUCCGUCGAAUGUUACGAAAAUGGAAUCGAGGGUGGUUGUGGAUGGACGAGUUAUUACUAGUCGAGGGCCAGGGACGGCGAUAGAGUUUGCUCUGGCUUUGGUAGAGCAAUUAUAUGGGAAAGAUAAAGCUGAUGAGGUUGGAGGAUUUAUGGUAAUCCGCCCUCGUCAUGGUGAGGAGUAUACGGUGAAUGAACUAAACUCGGUGGGAUGGAAAUAUGAUAAUACACCACAGAUUCUCGUGCCAAUUGCCAAUGGUUCGGAGGAGAUGGAGGCAAUAAUCAUCAUCGACUCACUUCGUCGAGCCAAAGCUAACGUCAUGGUCGUCUCCGUUGAAGAAAAACUGCAGAUCGUUGCGCGCUGGAAUACUAAAAUCGUAGCUGAUGGUCUCUUGGACGAAGCUUCUAAAUUGCAGUUCGACCUCAUAGUUCUGCCGGGAGGGCUUCCUGGAGCAGAAGCAUUCUCCAAUUCAGAAAAGCUUGUAAAUUUACUAAAGAAUCAGGCUGAAUCAAAUAAACCUUAUGGAGCAAUAUGCGCCUCUCCAGCAAUCGUCCUUGAGCACCAUGGCUUGUUAAAGGGAAAGAAGGCGACGGCAUUUCCACCCUUGUGUGAAAAGCUCACUGAUUUGAGCGAAUCCGAAAACCGUGUGCUGGUCGAUGGAAAUCUGAUUACAAGUAGAGGGCCAGGUACGGCGAUGGAGUUUGCGUUGGGUAUCGUUGAGAAAUUUUUUGGACGCGAAAAAGCGCUUGAGCUUGCGAAAACAAUGGUUUUUGUGUGAAGCUUGGAGUCUAGUUUGUUGCUGAUCUUUCAACAAGUAUGUUGUUUAUAUGAGUGGAUUAGAUUAUAAAGUUUUGAAUACUGAAUCUACUUCUUUGGCUUUGUAUGAGAUAACUGCUUUUCUGCUGCUGAAUGUUACAUUUCUCACUGUUAUGAUUUA